AUCUGAAUAAAAUUGUUUAUCUGAAUUUUUAUUUUUUAAUUGAAAAAUAUAUACAUAGGUACAUAUACCUGGAAUACAGCUUCUACAUACAUACGUACAUGUCCUUUUUUACAGCCAUAUUGUUAACUGGGUUAAUGACUCAUGUCUUUAAACUGCAAUAUGCAAGCUGGCAAAAACUAAAUACAGGUCGUGUAUACUAUAGAUACGGAUAGACAAAAAUUUCCCUAUAUAACACACAAAUAUUACAAAAUAUACUCAUUAGUCUUUUGACUUCAAACAACAUAACAAGUGUAACGAAAAUAACUCAAAAAUAUUGCGUGUAUUCUUCAAAGAAAGGGAGUUUUUAGACCAACAAAUACAUACACACUUGACAAAGCAGAAAAUUUUUAAUUUGUGCUAAAGAAAAACUUUAAAUCAGCAAAAAAAUGGCCAAUUUACCAUUUGUAUUGAAUUUUGAUCCACAUCCAUUCUAUAAUCCAGACAUAUUUCCAAAUAAUGUCUAUCGUCGUUUGCAUACGAGACAUCAGCAUCCCAUUGAUAUGCAUACUAUGGGUUUGAUUUCAGCACUGGCUCCACACAUCCGUCAUUUGGAGUCGAAUGGCAAGACCAAGGAUGAAAUGGCUCAUGUACCCAUAAAGGGUGCUACUAAAGAUAAAGAUCAUGAUUUUGCCAUACACAUUGAUGUGGGACUAUUUCAGCCAGAGGAAUUAAAUGUUAAAAUUGUCAAUGACCAUGUUAUUAUCGAGGGUAAGCACGAGGAACGUGAGGCUGAUGAUAUUGGUUUUGUUUCACGUCAUUUUGUGCGUCGUUAUGAACUUCCCAAGGGUCACAAUCCGGAUGCUAUAGUCUGUAAAUUGUCCUCGGAUGGAGUAUUGAGCGUAUUGUUGCCCAAAUCCAGCGAAGAACCAAAAGAACGUAUUAUACCCAUUCAGCAGACGGGACCAAAUGAUUUGUUUCUAAAGAAUAAGACGGAAAAUGGUGAAAAGGAUAAAAUUAAAAAUGGUGAAGAAAAUAAGUAAAUAGUAGUUAAAGUUUGCUUAUACAAAAAAAUGUACUCAAAAAAUCAAUUAAAAUAUUCGCAAUUACAUUUAGCAUGGUGUUUACACACACACACACACAUAUAUAUACAUACGUACAUACAUACAUAUGUAUGUUUGAUUUUCAAAGAAUAAUUGAGACACCGUUCAUUAAAACCCCACACCCUCGUUAAACGUAAUAACAGUAAGAAAAGGAUAUAGAAUAAUUUAAAACCAACAGAAUUCUAAGAAGAGGAAAUGACAUAAUUUAUGCCAAAUUGUUCAAACGAAUUUUUAAAGACACCCACAAUUUUCACCUUUUAGUAAUAUAAUAAGGAAAUUAGAUACUUUUUUUAAAAGCUAAAGAAAUAAUGUGAAAAAAACGGACAUAAAAAUAUAUAAAAAAGUUAGCAACAUUCAUAUACAAAUAUAUUUCUUCCAACUAAAAGUAUGCUAUAUAAUAAGUAAAUUUAAUUUAAACUAGAAUAUUGCAUACAAAAUUUUGACUUCCUCCUAAAAGUAUACUAUUUCCAAAUCAAUAACUACUUUUCAGCACUUAUAUAAAUGUAAUUGCGUUAAACUA